AUGGCCACCCUCAUUCUCCUCCAUGCCCCUUCCUCCUCAUGCCGCAAGGGCGGGGCGACAGCGGACCUCCUCGGGCGACCUGACCUCACCGAGGUGGACAACGCUCCUGGCCUCACCGGGCACGAUCAAGCAAGCGUCAAUGCUGGAUUGCCUAUUGGACCUUCUGUCAGGGUUCAUACUUUGAUUCAUGGCAUAUACACUAUGAAAAAGCUAAACAAGCACAACUAUCCAAUUGGAAAGCGCAUGCAACAAGUGGGAAUAAUAAUUUCCGCUUUAGUAAUGGGCACACUUGGCUUCCAAGUGCCGAUCGAAUCAGGGCACCAACUCAUAACUCAGAUUGUGCUCUACAUUGACGUGGGUACACUGAUUGGCAAGUCCAAGUCGGGCAGCAGAGUACCUGAUGAAGCUCACAUAACUGAUCUGGAACCACCAUGA